AUGGCGACGGACGGCGCCGAUGCGGAGCUGCGGAGCAAGUAUGACGCCUCCACGCGGCUGCUGCAGGCGCAGUGCGACACGAUCGAGCGCCUGCACGAGCGCCUUCGCGAGAUGCAGAGGCUGCCGGAGUCGUCAAAUCGAGCUUCCGAAGCUGGGGAUGGCUGGACCCCCGCGGGGAAGGAGAACGAAGCGCUGCAGGUGAAGUACGCGCGCGCCAAGCGGUUGGUGAAGCUCCAAUCCAUCGAGCUCGCCAAGGCGAGAGAGAGCGCCAAGCGCGCGAGCACCGUCGCGGAGGCGAGCGAGGCGCGCGCGGCGCUCGCCGAGCAAUCGCUCGCCAACACGCAGGACUCCGCGCUGUCCCUCCGGGAGGACUACGCGCGGGCGCUGGAGCGCGCGCAGAGCGAGGCGACGGCGCUCCGUCGCGAACGCGACGCGGAGGCUGCGAACGCGUCGGCGGCGACCACCGAGCUCUCGCGCGCGCUGGCUGCCACGGAGUCGGCCACCGCCCAGCUCCGCGAGGCUGUCGUCGCGGAGUGCAGAGCCAAGGAGUCGCUCCUGGACGAAGCGUCGCGACGCGAAGCCGCGGACGAGGAGGUCCACCGACUGCGACAGGACCUCGAACUCACCAGAAACGAGCUCGCGGACGUCAACCGCGAGGUGCGAACGAUGAACGAGCGCCUGCACGCGGCGGAGACGGCGGCGACGGAGGCGGUCAAAGACGCGGAAUCGGCGAGGAUGGGUUCGGUGGCGGAUCGGUGCGCGAAGAGCGACGCCGAGGAGGCCGCAGCCUUACUCACCGCGCGACUCGAGGCUUCGGAGAGACGCGCGUCCAUGAUGGAGGCGGCGCGGGACGCCGCGAUGACGCAGAGGGACGUCGCGACGGAGCGAAUCGAGACGGAAGCCGAGGAGUCGCGAAAGGAGCUCGACGCCGCGCGCGCGGCAGCCGCCAAGGCGCACAGGGAGGCCCAGAAGCUCACCGUCGCGCUCGACGAUGCCCGUCGCGCCGCCACUCACGCGCAGACGCGGGUGAGGGAAUUGACGGAGCGGCUCGAGACCGCCGAGGCUGACUACGCCUACGCCGAGAAACUCACGGAGGACGCGGUGAAGGAACUGGAGACGGAGCGAGCCCGGUUCGAACUCGAGGGGGAGAAACGCGCCAGGCGCGAGAAGGAGUUCAUGCGCGAGGCGGAGCAGGCGGCGUCGCAGAGGUGGGAGGCGCAGACCCAGGACGAGGUGGAGGAUUUGCGCGCGCAGGUCACCUCGCUCCGAGCCGAAAAAGAACGCGCCGAAAAUCUUCUCGCCGCCGCCGCCGCGGAGAACGCCGCGAGGGUCGCCGCGGCGGAGGAAAAACGCGAAGCCGCCGAGCUCGUCGCGACGGUAGUGACGGCGGCGACGGCGACGGCGGUGUCCCCGAUGGCGACGUGGGUGCGCGGCGGCGGGCUGGCGCAAAACUCCUAUCCGACACCCUCGAAGGCCACGCCGCCGCCCCUGGCGGCGGGCUAUCCCACGCCCGUAGCCGGCUCCACCCCGGGGGACGCGACGCCGCGCCUGCCCGCGCGUUCCCGCGGCGCCAACGUCGCGCCCGCGCCCGGGGCGGCUCGUAAGACGAUCAAGAGCCUCAAAUCGCGAAACGAGGAGCUCCGAGCGAAGCUGGAUGCCGAGAAGAAGGCGAGAAACGAGCGCGCCGAGGCGAGGGAGAAUGCGCGCGACGCGUCCGCCAAGAAACACGCCGCGAGACUCGAGCGUAAGCUGGCGUCGGCGGAGGCGAGGCUCGUCGCGCUGGACGAGCGGUGGAACAUCGCCGGCAAGGCUUGGAACGCGAAAAUCGAGGAUGAAAAGAACGGCGUCGUCAGGGCUUUUGAGGUGCUCGAGUGCGAGGUUGACAAGAUCGCGGAGGCUGCGACCGCCGCGGUGAAACAGGCGGAGGCGGCGACCGAAAAUGUGGGCUCCGCGGCCGACCGAGCGGAGCGACGGGCGGCGGAAAACGCCGAGAAGGCUGUCGCCGCCGCGAGGGACCAAGCCGCCGCGGCGAAAGAGUCCGCCGAGGCUUCCAUCGCCGCGGCCGCCAAGGCGCACAAGGAGGAGCUCGACGCGAUACGCGCCGCGGCCGUCAAGAGUUCCGAGCGAGUGGGCGCCGCGGAGGUUGCCAAGACGGCGGCUGAGGCUAGGGCUGCGCACGCCGAGGCCAAGGCGCGACAAUCCGAGGUUGAGAGGGAAGCCGCGGUGGCCGAGGCGCUCGCUGCGAGGUCCCGCGCGGACGCCGCCGAAUCACGCGCGGCGGCUGCGGAGUCGGCUCGAGAGGCUGCGCGCGUCGAGGCGUCGGCGGCGGUUGGGGAGCUCCGGGGCGGUCUCCGCGCGAAGGAGCAAUCAGACGCGAGAGCGACGGAUGCGGAAUCGAGAGCCGCCGACGCGGAAUCGAGGGCGACCGACGCGGAGGCGGCGCGCGCAGCCGCCGAGGCUGAGGCGUUGGAGGCGGUCGCACGCGCGGCGAGCGCGGCGGAGGAGGCUGCCGUGGCGGAAAAUCUUCGAUCCAGGGCGGAUGCGCGAGCCGAAGAGGCGGAAGCGGCGCUCGGCGACGCGGAAAAACGCGCCGCGGAAGCUGAAAAGGCGGCGGAUGCGGCUGCCGCCGCCGAGGCGAGGGCGAGGGCGGCGCUGGCCGAGGCUGAACUGCGCGCGUCGAUGUCCUUAACCCGCGCGGAGGCUGCCGAGGAGGCGUUGGCGGCGGAGCAACGCGCGGCGGAGGCUAUGGGCGUGCCGCCGGGGUCGGAGCUCUCGUCCGCGAUGGCGGCGGCGGCGAUCAAGGUUAAGGAGGCCAACGCCCGCGCCGAGGAGGCGGAGAAGACGGCGAGGGUGGCGCGAGCCGCCGCGGCGACGGCGGAGACGCGCGCGGCGGAGACAGAGCGCGCGGCGCGGGCGGCUGCCGACGAAGCGAUCGCCGCCGCCGACCGACGCGCGAACAAAGUCGAGGAGCUCGCGACGGAGAAGGCGCUCGCGUCAGUCGCCGAAGCAAAGGCUCGCGCCGAAGCCGCCGAACGAAGGGCGGAAGAGGUUAACCUCGAACUCGUACAGCUCCGCGAGACGACCGCGACGGAGCUUAAGGAGGCUGACGCCCGCGUCGAGGCAGCUGAGAUUGCGCGAGAGUUUGCCGAGAAAUCAGCCGAGAUGGCCAACGGCGCGGCGGCGUCGGCGGGGGCGGCGGACCGAGCCGCCGAGGAAGCCCUCGCCGCCGCCGCCGCCGCCCAGACCCGCGCGGCCGCGAUCGAGCGCAACGCCAACGACGCCGUGGCCCUCGCCGAACGACGCCUCGAGGAGGUGGAGAGGCGCGCCGCGUCGUCGCUCGCCGCCGCGGAGGCUCGGGUCGUCGAAGCCGAGAUGUCGGCGGCGGCGAAGGCGACGGAGCUCGCCGCCGCGGCGGUCGCCCUGGCCGAGGUCAAGGCAGCCGAGGACGUGGCGGCCGCCAAGCGCGAGGCGGAGGCUAAGGCUAAGCGAGCGUACGAGACGGUCAAGACGCAGAUCGGCGCGGCGGUGGCGAGAGCCGAGGCUGACGUCGAGACGAUGAAGAAGGCUGGGCGGCUGGCCAUCUCCGAGGCGGAGACGCGCAUCGCGGAAGCGGAGAGGAGGGCGCUCGCCGCCGAGGUUGAGCUCGAGCGCCGCGCCGCCGAAGCGCCGGGUGUGCCAUCCGAGUCGGCGGAGGCGAUCGAGGGGGCUUGUUUCGCGAGGGAACGCGCGCAAUUUGCCGAGAAGGUGGCGGAGGCUAACGCCAGAGCCGCCGCCGCGGAGGACGAGGCUGAAUCGACCGAGGCGGCGGCGUCCGCGGCUGUCGCGAGGGCCAUCGCCGCGGAGGCUGCCGCGAAGAGCGCCGAGGCGGAGGCGAGGCGCGCGGUGGACGCGUGCAACGCCGCGGUGAGGGACCGCGUGGCGGCGCAGAGGGAGGCGAGCGACGCGAAGGCUGCGCUGGAGGAGGCGGAGACGGAAAGAGCCGACGCCAUCGCCGCCGCCGCCGACGCGAACCGCCGCGCCGCGGAAAACGUCGAGCUCCUCCACGAGUCGAAGGCGCGACUCGCGCAGCUGUGGAAACGCGCGGAGAACGCCGAGGAUGAGCUCCGGAGGGCCCGCGCGGAGGCUGAGAGGGUCGCGGCAAAAGGGGCUGAUGAGAGGGUCGCUUCGACGCGGCUCAAGGCGGAGACGGCGUCGCGACUCAAGACUCAAACCAAGACUCAAACCCGGGUCGGGUCCGAGAGGAAGGCGGAGGCGCCCAAGUCGCCGAUCGUCGCGGAGGCGCGGGCCAACGCGGCGGCGGCGAUGGCCGUCGUUCGCGACGCGCAGGCUGCGCUGGCCACGGCGCGGGACGCCGUCGACGCGGAGAGGGGCGGUCAUCGUUCAACCUCGAGGAGAGUUUCUGUCGGGGGUACGUCAAAGGCUGACGCGCGAGCCGCGGCGCUGCGAAGGUACCAGGGCAACGCCGCGAAGCGGUCGCCGCUGCCGCCGACGCCGACUGGGAAGGAGAAUGCGUCGGUGUCGCCCGUUCGGUACCCGUCGGAACCGAGGAGCCCCUUGGCGGGUAACUCCGCCGCGUGGAAGUAA